AUGGAUACCAAUAUGGAGGAUGUCAAGAUGCCCGAGCCGAUGCAGCUGUCGUCAGUUCCGGCGUCGGAGCCCACCACAAUCCCCACCCUGGACGGCUGGAUUGAGACCCUGAUGCAAUGCAAGCAAUUGGCGGAGAGCGACGUGCAGAGGCUGUGCGACAAGGCUCGUGAGGUUCUCCAGGAAGAGUCAAACGUACAGCCAGUGAAAUGCCCCGUCACAGUCUGCGGUGAUAUCCACGGCCAGUUCCACGACCUGAUGGAGUUGUUUAAGAUUGGUGGUCCCAACCCAGACACGAACUACCUCUUCAUGGGUGACUACGUUGACCGAGGAUAUUUCUCUGUCGAGACCGUGACUCUCCUUGUUGCUCUUAAGAUUCGAUACCCCCAGCGCAUUACUAUUCUCCGUGGAAACCACGAGUCGAGACAGAUCACCCAAGUUUACGGCUUCUACGACGAGUGUCUCCGCAAAUACGGCAACGCCAACGUCUGGAAGUACUUCACAGACCUUUUCGACUAUCUUCCCCUCACAGCUUUGAUCGACAACCAGAUCUUCUGCUUGCACGGUGGUCUCUCUCCUAGCAUCGACACACUUGAUAACAUCAGGGCGCUUGACCGCAUCCAGGAAGUACCCCACGAAGGGCCCAUGUGCGAUCUUCUCUGGUCAGACCCCGAUGACAGGUGUGGUUGGGGAAUAUCUCCUCGUGGUGCCGGCUACACAUUCGGUCAGGACAUCUCGGAGGCCUUCAACCACAACAACGGCCUGACUCUGGUGGCACGAGCCCAUCAGCUUGUUAUGGAGGGUUACAACUGGUCGCAAGACAGGAAUGUCGUGACCAUAUUCUCGGCACCAAACUACUGCUACAGGUGCGGUAACCAGGCGGCCAUCAUGGAAAUUGACGAGCACCUAAAGUACACUUUCCUGCAAUUCGACCCCUGCCCGCGCGCUGGCGAACCAAUGGUGUCGCGUAGGACUCCGGACUACUUCUUGUAG